AUGGUGUCCAUCCUCUCUGCUCUUCUCUGCCUCGGGCUGAGUCUGCACCAGAGGACCAGUGUACAGGCAGGGCCACUCCCCAAACCCACCCUCUGGGCUGAGCCAGACUCUGUGAUACCCAGGGGGCAGCCCGUGACCCUCUGGUGUCAGGGUUCUCCAGGGGCUAAGGAGUACCGUCUGAAUAAAGGGACAAUCAUAGCACUUCGAUACAAAAAGAAGCCACUGCAACCCGGGAACAAGGCCAAGUUCUCCAUCACAUACAUGACAGAGCAUGAUGCAGGGAUAUAUCACUGUUACUAUUGCAACCCCACUGGCUGGUCAGAACGCAGUGACCCCCUGGAGCUGGUGGUGACAGGAUCCUUCAGCAAACCCAGCCUCUCAGCACUGCCCAGCCCUCUCGUGACCUCAGGAAGGAAUGUGACCCUCCAGUGUCGCUCAGGACAGGGGUUUGGAAGGUUCCUUCUGACUAAGGAAAAAGAGCACAGACUCUCCUGGGCUCUAGACUCACAGCAGCUGCCUAGUGGGCAGUUCCUGGCCCUGUUCCCUGUGGGCCCUGUGAUCCCCAGCCACAGGUGGAUGUUCAGAUGCUAUAACUGUUACAGGGACAUGCCCUAUGUGUGCUCACAUCCCAGCGAUGCCCUGGAGCUGCUGGUCCCAGGGGAGUCUGGGAAGCCUUCCCUCCUGAGCCAGCAGGGGCCCAUCGUGGCCUAUGGACAAAGCCUGAACCUCCAGUGUCGCUCUGAUGUCGGCUAUGACAGAUUCGCUCUGCACAAGGAGCGGGGACGGGACCUCCCCCAGAGUCUUGUCCUGCAGCCCCAGGCUGGGCUCUCUCAGACCUUUUUCCCCCUGGGCACUGUGAGCAGCUCCCAUGGGGGCCGGUACAGAUGCUACGGUGGAUACAACCUCUCCUCUGAGUGGUCAGCCCCCAGCGACCCCCUGGACAUCCUGGUGGCAGGAUGGCUGCAUGAUAGACCCUUCCUCUCAGUGCAACCAGGCCCCAGGGUGGCCUCAGGAGAGAACGUGACCCUGCUGUGUCAGACACAGAGACCAAGAGACACUUUCCUUCUGUCCAAGGAGGGGGUAGCUGAUCCCCCACUGCGUCUGAGAUCAGAGCACCGAGCUCAGCAGUACCAGGCAGAGUUCUCCAUGAGUCCUGUGACCUCAGCCAACGGGGGCACCUACAGGUGCUACAGCUCACACAGCUCCUCCCCCUACCUGUUGUCUCACCCCAGUGAACCUCUGGAGCUGCUGGUCUCAGAACCCUCUGGAGGCCUCAGACCACCACCCACAGGGCCCACCUCCACAGCUGGUGUCUCUCCGACCCACAGGGUCAGGCCCCCAAAGGGUAAGUCCCAAAUGGUACAUGAUCGGGGUGUCAGCGACCCUGGUCCUGCUGCUCUCCCUUCUCUUCUUCCUCCUCCGACACUGGUGUCAGAGCAAAGGCAGGACAUCAGCCCAGAGAGGGGCUCAUGUCCAACCUCCUGCAGGACCACACACCCCAAGGGCAAGGACAGAGGCCUGCAGAUCAUCUCCAGCCCAGAUGUGGACGCCCAGGAGAAGGUUCUUUCAGAUGCUGCCAUGAAGGACCUGCAGUCUGGGGAGAGCAUGGAGCUGGACCCUCAGGCUGCACCUAACACCCCCCAGGAUGUGACCUAUGCCCAGCUGAACCCCUUGGAUCUCAAUCAGAGGACAACUGCACCCCGUUUCUCCCCAUCUGAUGAGCCUCCAGAUGAGCACAUUGAGUAUAUUGCUUUGUCUGUCCCCUAG